UAGUGGCAACGAGAAGUGGCGUGGGACGGAGUGAAGAGAGAGUUGUUAUCGAAGAAGAGGGAGAAGAGGGAGAAGAAGAGGAAGAGGGAGAACCGGAGGAAUAGCAGAGCUUGGGGGGUGUGUUGAGUGUGUGUUUUGAGAGGUCCACAACACGGCGUGAAUGAGACAGUCAAGCUGGCGGACUUCAAUAUGGCAUCCGGAGAUACUCUGUACAUCGAGACAGACGGCUCGGAGAUGCCGGCCGAGAUCGUGGAGCUCCACGAGAUAGAGGUGGAGACGAUCCCGGUGGAGACCAUCGAGACCACGGUGGUCGGCGGGGUCGACGACGAGGACGAAGACGAGGAAGAGGACGACGACGACGAGCCCAUGAUCGCUCUGCAACCUCUAGUAACAGACGACCACCACCACCAUCACCAUCACCACCACCACCACCAUCAGGAGGUGAUCCUAGUCCAGACUCGAGAGGAGGUAGUCGGCGGAGACGAUGAAGACGACGACGACGACGACUCGGACAUGCACACGGACGGCGGCGGCAGCGGGGGCUUCGAGGACCAGAUCCUCAUCCCGGUGCCUGCACCCGGAGUGGAGGACGAGUAUAUAGAGCAGACUCUGGUGACUGUGGCCGGGAAGAGCAGCUCGGUUGGCCGCAUGAAACGAGCAGGAGGAGGCGGUGGUGGUGGGAAGAAAGCGGGCAAAAAGAGCUAUCUCUCCGCGGAGUCCGGCGGGAGGAAAUGGGAGCAGAAGCAGGUGCAGAUAAAGACACUGGAGGGCGAGUUCUCUGUCACUAUGUGGGCAUCGGAUGACAAUAAAGACAUUGACCAUGAGUCAGUGGUGGAAGAGCAGAUCGUCGGGGAGAACUCCCCUCCAGACUACUCGGAGUACAUGACGGGGAAGAAGCUGCCCCCUGGUGGUAUCCCGGGGAUCGACCUCUCAGACCCCAAACAGCUGGCUGAGUUUGCCAGAAUGAAGCCCAGGAAAGUCAAAGAGGACGAUGCUCCCCGGACGAUAGCUUGCCCUCAUAAAGGCUGCACAAAGAUGUUCAGGGAUAACUCAGCCAUGAGGAAGCAUCUCCACACCCACGGACCCCGCGUGCACGUCUGCGCCGAGUGCGGCAAGGCGUUCGUGGAGAGCUCCAAACUCAAGCGUCACCAACUCGUUCACACAGGGGAGAAACCCUUCCAGUGUACCUUCGAAGGCUGCGGGAAACGGUUUUCUCUGGACUUCAACCUGCGCACGCACGUGCGGAUCCACACUGGAGACCGACCUUACGUCUGCCCUUUCGACGGCUGCAAUAAGAAGUUCGCGCAGUCGACCAACCUAAAGUCUCACAUCCUCACACACGCCAAAGCCAAAAACAACCAAUGAGAACCCAUCCACCAGCGUCAAGCCACACACAAAAAAAAAAAGAAGAGCAUCCUAGCGGCACACCUGAAGCCUCUUUUGAGGACGGAAUGAAAAGCUUGAGACUUAUUGAUUUAUAUGAAAAAUCUGACAGAUCAAAAGACUUAAAAAACACUGAAAUUCAGCUAGUUUUCCUGCGUCCCCUUUUCUUCGUCUGCUGUCACAUUGGACGAGGAACACAGUGACUUUUCCCCAAAGCCCCGGCCAACACAGUCCCUUUGUUUCUCCAGUGGCGCUCGGCUGCCAGAAGAUGGAACUCAAGGACAAACAUCAAGAGACUUAUUUUUACCAGAGCGAGGAGAGAAGCAGCGGUCUAUUAGUAUUUUUAUUUUCUCACAUAGCUUUUAUUUUACCCAAGUGUGCAUAUUGUACACUUGUCUCAGGCUAUGUUUAGUAAAAUUGUGAUUUAUUUCUUUUUUUUCCUCGUGCAUUAUAACAUCAUACCCAUGAUACAAAAAAGGCCCCAACCCGUUUCACACGUAUGAGGAGUUUAAAAACGGCUGUAUGUUUGCAUUUCCAUACCCUCUUUGGUUGUAUUUUUCUCUAACCACAAAAUAACCGUGUAUACUUGUAUUGUAUGGCUGUAUUGAAAUUACGUAGACAUAGAUAGAGGUGUGAUUUAAAGUGUUAACCAAUUAAACUUUUAGUCAUGAGUUGCUUUAUAUUUUCUAUGAACUGUCUUUACACAGAUGAAUGAGUAAUAUAAACUUAUUCGGAACGCGUCUCGUUUAAAGUAUCUGGAGCGAACAUUUGAACUGGCUGCAAGCGAGACCAUCACUUUCUUUGUUGGAAUGUAAUGUACAGAUGUCAACCAUUAACUUCCUUUUGUUGAUAUUUACACCCAUGUAUCUCAACUGCCCACAAUAAAAUGGCUCAUUCCCACCCUGUCAAAAUGCA